CAGCCAGCGCCUAAACCAAACCCCGCUGCCACAGUCCUACACGGCCCUUCAUAUCUGGGAGUUUUUGUGCGCGCUCCCGCAAGGGAGGGAACUCUGCGCCCCGGGGAUCGUCUCCUCAGCGUGGACGGCGUCCCGCUCCACAACGCCAACCACUGCGACGCUCUCAGUGUGUUGGCUCAGUGUGGCCAGGAAGCCCUGUUCCAGAUAGAGUAUGACAUCACUAUCAUGGACACAGUAACGAAUGCCUCCGGGCCGCUGUUGGUGGAAAUAGUGAAGUCGCCGGGAGCAACGCUGGGCAUCACGCUGACAUCGGCCAAUCAUCGGAAUAAGCAGGUCAUCGUCAUCGACCGGGUUAAACCUGGCAGCGUGGUGGACAG